CGAACGGUUAUCCCAAACAAUGCGAGUGCACGCUUGAAAAAUUUAACGCGAAACCAAAACGCACAAUACAAAAUAGGUGAAUAAAACAUUAGCAAUGGCGACCAAUGUGACAAAACAGUACCAUCACGUUACAAGAUCGAAACGUGGUAAAAUCCUGGGAGCCGUUCAAGGUUUUCGUGGUUGUACGAUAUGGUUUACCGGCUUAUCAGGUGCUGGGAAGACUUCAAUUGCGUUCGAGUUGGAAGCGAGCUUGGUCUCCAAGGGAAUACCCUCGUACGGUUUGGAUGGGGACAAUAUGCGAACAGGUUUGAACAAAAAUUUGGGGUUUUCCAAGGAAGAUCGAAUGGAAAACAUACGAAGAGUGGCAGAGGUGGCAAAACUAUUUGCCGAUGGUGGCCACGUGUGUUUGUGCAGCUUUGUGUCACCUUUCGCCGAGGAUAGGAACGUGGUAAGAGAAAUACACGCAAGCUCGGGGCUGCCAUUCUUUGAAGUAUUCGUCGAUACUCCGCUGAAUGUUUGCGAACAAAGAGAUGUUAAAGGUUUAUAUCGCAAAGCUCGUAGUGGAUUGAUCAAGGGGUUCACUGGCAUCGACCAAGACUACGAGAAACCGGAAAAUCCAGACCUUGUCUUGAAAACAGUUAAACUCACUAUUGAAGAGUGUGUAGCUGAAGUUUUGGGAAUGCUAGAGGAAAAUGAGAUUAUUCCACGAACGGAACACGUUGAAGAUGUCAAGGAACUGUUUGCAUCCGAAAAUGAGAUAGAUAUAAUCAAAUCUAGCAUAGAGGAACAUUCCAGGUUGAAUAUUACUACAUUGGAUUUACAAUGGUUGCAAGUGCUUAGCGAAGGCUGGGCGACACCUCUCAAAGGAUUUAUGCGGGAAGCGGAAUAUCUACAAGUACUACACUUCAAUUGUUUACAAAUUGGCGGACAACGCGUAAACCAAAGUGUCCCUAUCGUGCUACCCAUUUCAACGGAAGACAAAGUUAGAUUAGAAGAUUCUUCAACUAUUUCCCUCUACCACAAUGACACCCUUUAUGCAAUACUACGUAAUCCUGAAUUCUUCCCUCACCGCAAGGAGGAACGUGCAGCACGACAAUUUGGAACUACGAAUGAAAAACACCCCUACAUUAAGAUGAUUUACGAAUCCGGAGACUGGGUAGUAGGUGGAGAUCUCAAAGUGCUACAAAGAGUAAAAUGGCACGACAGAUUAGACAAGUAUCGGCUCACUCCAAUGGAGCUUAGAGCAAAAUGCAACGCUAAAGGAGCGGAUGCCGUGUUUGCGUUUCAGCUUCGCAACCCCAUACACAACGGUCACGCAUUGCUUAUGACACAGACAAGAGAUCAACUAAAACAGCGAGGCUACAAGAACCCCGUCCUUCUUUUGCACCCCCUGGGUGGGUGGACUAAAGAUGAUGACGUUCCUCUCACCACUCGCAUUUUACAACACAAGGCUGUUCUAGACGACCGUUUACUGGAUAAGGCCACUACAGUCUUGGCCAUUUUUCCAAGUCCCAUGAUGUAUGCCGGCCCAACGGAGGUGCAAUGGCAUGCCAAAGCCCGCAUGUGUGCCGGUGCAAACUUUUAUAUUGUUGGAAGAGAUCCCGCAGGUAUACCGCACCCGCUCGGAACCAAAGGUACGAUCGAUGGAAACUUAUACGAUUCACAACACGGCGCGAUGGUUUUAAAAUCGGCACCUGGACUACACGACUUGGAAAUAAUUCCGUUUCGAGUGGCGGCUUAUGAUACAAAAUAUCAAAAAAUGGACCUGUUCGAUCCGUGCAGAAAGAGUGAUUUUGACUUUAUUUCUGGUACUAAAAUGCGAAACUUUGCGAAGACGGGUGUAGAUCCACCCAAUGGUUUCAUGAGUCCAAGGGCUUGGAAAGUUCUAAUGGAUUACUACCAAACCAACGACAUUCGGUAGCAGCAUAUUGUUUCUUUAUACUUAGGAAUAUGUUUUUGCUGUACAUAAAUUUGCCAAUUUUUAUACUAUUGUAACAUAAGAUGCUAUAAUAAAAUUUCGGUCGGUU